AUGAAAAAUGCAUCAUUCUUAAUUUCCAGAACACAUUUGCACACAUGUAUUAGGCAUGGGUCAUCAUGUCCAGCUAUAGCAAUAAACGGUUUUGGUCGUAUAGGCAAGAAUCUUUUACGUUUAGCAAGUUCAAAAGACAUUAACGUGGUAGCGAUAAAUCAACCUUUUGUUAAUAUAAAACAAAUAGCUAACUCUUUAAAGUACGACACUGUUCAUGGAGCAUUUGAUGGCCAGGUAGAUGUAAAAGAAAAUUGUAUCGUAGUAAAUGGUAAAUCUAUUAAAGUUUUUCACGAAGACAAGCCUGAAAAUAUUAAAUGGAAAGAUGCUUCAGUAAAUUAUGUACUUGAAUCUUCGGGAGUAUUCACCAAAUUUGAAGACGCUAAGAAACAUAUUGUUGCUGGAGCAAAAAAGGUAAUUAUUACUGCACCAAGUCCUGAUUCUCCAACAUUUGUUAAAGGAGUAAACUUUGACGAAUAUAAAAAUACUAUGGAAGUUGUUUCUAAUGCUUCAUGUACUACUAAUUGUGCUGCUCCCAUAGCUAAAAUUUUACACAAUAAAUUUGGGAUUGAAAGUGGUUUGCUUACAACCAUACAUUCAAUGACCGCUACUCAAGCUGUACAUGAUGGUUUAACGAAAAGAUCGGGUCCAUUUAAUAUCUUAUCUAGCACUACUGGAGCAGCAAAAGCUGUAGCGCUUGUUCUACCGGACUUAAAAGAGAAAAUCAAUGGCGAUGCAGCAAGAGUGCCGACUUUGGAUGUGUCUCUUUUGAAAUUAUUUGUCAAUGUCAAACAAACUGUAAGUAUAGAUGAUGUAAAGAGAGAAAUUCAAACACAAGCACAGUCAUGCAUGAAAGAUGUUGUUUACUAUCACGAAGAUAAGUGUGUAAGUUCAGACUUCAUUGGGACACAGUAUUCAGCAGUUGUAGAUUUCAAUCAAAUCAUUAUUAUUGACAAAUUUAUUAGUAUUGGAGCUUGGUAUGAUAACGAAGUAGGAUAUGCUUGUAGAGUAUUGGAUUUAGUCAAACAUAUGAUUAAAGAAGACAGCAAAUGUAGUUAA